AAAACAAAAGCGAAGCAGAAGAAGCGAAGCAGUUAAAAAAAAAGAAAGAGUGGUGCUAGAAUUAUUAAUCACUGCGAAAAAUUAUUGCGAAAACUUGGAAUUUGUGAAAUUGAAUUUGUCUCGAUUGAUUUUCUAGUAUAAUACGUUGCCUACUCUUACAGUUUGGUGAAUUUUCCGUGCUGUUCGGUCGAAUCUUGGCCUUGAAAAGCGAGAGAAAAAGUUGCAAAAAACGGGCGUACAUAUGGAGGAAGAAUGACUCACGGAUAAACAAGAAGUGGUGUUAUUGAUUUCUUCCGGGAAGUUACGGAUCAAAGGAUAUCUGCUGGUGGUCAUUGUCCAGUGAAGCACAUUGCUCUAUAAUCAUCAUUUCUGCGCCUAAUACUCGGAGAGACAAUGGAGAUUUUUCAAACGGAGAGUCACUACAUCUUUGUUCGUAAGGAGAAAAGCCUAUGGUGGAAUCGAACGACAUCAGAAUUUCAGAUCAAAUGUGGCUGGGAUCUGUCCUCCGUCGUUGACAUCGAGUGUAUCGGAAUCACGCACGGAAUUAUCGGAACUAUCACCCUGCAAGGUGUCCUUGAGCCUCAUUUGAUCAUCAUCAAAGAAGCGGUUCCAGUAGGAGUUCUGUAUGCACCUCAUUUGGUGUACAAAAUUAAAAGUAUUUGUAUUUUGGGAUCCGAGGAACCCGACACUGUGCUUCUUCCCUGUUCCAAGCACAGUACAACAACCAGCAUCAAAACAAUCCCUAGCGGAGUUUCCGGAGGGCAGUCCACGCAGGCAGGAUUCGGUCAAAAUGCAGCCUCAGCGGCAUCACCUCGCAAUCGUUUGUUUGAAAGCUCCGCUCUGGUCAAUAAAACCUGGGGUGCAGUCAAAAGUGCCGGAAGCACCAUCAAGAAUACAACGGAAAAGGCCGCUGCCAUUGCGUCCAGUCAGGUGAAAUCCACUGUCGGAAUGGUCGUCAAGGAUCCGGUUCGAAUCGAGAAGCGCGUCAUGGACGAGCUGCAUCGGAUUUUUGACGAAAGUGACAGCUUCUACUAUAGUUUAGACUGUGAUAUUACCAAUAAUUUGCAACGAAGAGGCGAAUCUCAAGAUGAUCGAUUCUACUGGAACCGAAACAUGCUGAAGGACAUCAUCCAACUGAAUGAUGACAACUGGGUGCUACCCGUCAUUCAAGGAUUCGUUCAGGUCGAGCAAUGCGUAAUUGGGAACGAAUGCUUUACUCUCGCGCUGGUAUCUCGUAGAUCGCGGUACCGAGCUGGAACUCGGUACAAGCGUCGGGGCGUCGACGAGGAUGGCUAUUGUGCAAAUUACGUUGAAACAGAGCAGGUGCUAUCGCUACGACAACAUCAAAUAUCGUUCACGCAAGUGCGCGGCUCGAUACCGAUUUACUGGAGUCAACCUGGAUAUAAAUACAGGCCGCCACCCAGGCUUGAUCGAGAUGAAAACGAGACCCGACUAGCAUUUGAAAAGCAUUUCGAACAGGAACUGGGGAUGUAUCAGUCGGUUUGUAUCAUCAACUUGGUGGAACAAAGCGGCAAAGAAAAAGUGAUUGGGGACGCAUACGCCAAUCACGUGGUUCGAUUAAACUCUGAUAAGCUCACUUAUGUGACGUUUGAUUUCCACGAAUAUUGUCGAGGAAUGCGUUUUGAGAAUGUGUCAUCGUUGAUCGAAGCUCUAGCUCCGGAGGCAGGUUCUAUGGGCUUCCACUGGCGGGAUAGCAACGGGUCGAUUUGCAACCAAAAGAGCGUUUUCCGCGUCAACUGCAUGGACUGCCUGGAUCGAACCAACGUGGUGCAAACGGCGCUCGGGAAGGCCGUACUUGAAUCUCAGCUGGUCAAGCUUGGUCUGGCGCCACCGUACUCUCAGCUGCCGGAACAGCUGAAGGUACCAUUUAUGGUACUCUGGGCAAACAAUGGUGACGUUAUUAGUAGGCAGUACGCUGGAACUAACGCUUUGAAAGGCGACUACACUCGCACGGGAGAGCGCAAAAUUAGUGGAAUAAUGAAGGAUGGUAUGAACUCCGCCAAUCGUUACUAUUUGGCCCGAUUUAAAGAUACGUACCGACAGGCCACGAUAGACAUGAUGCUCGGGAAUAGCGUGUCAGCCGAAUCGGUCAACGCUCUCGGCGGCCAAGCUGGUGCGGUGGAUGAAACGGACGCAUUGGAAGGAGCGGAACAUGCCCGGCUGCUCGUAGAAGAUUGCCGGCGGUUGCUGCUGGGCACAACGCAACUGCCGGUGGGCGCAUGGGGCCUCAUAGAUGCUGAUCCGAGUACUGGCGACCCCAACGAAACAGAGGUCGACACUAUCCUCAUUCUGACCGAUGAUGGCUACAUAGUGGCGGAGUAUGAUUCGCAUCUGGAUAAGAUCGUCCGUUUUGAAAACGUACCACUGAGCAACAUAACCCUGAUCGAGCUAGGUCUCUUCCAGCACAAUAAAAUGUUUCAAGGCCCAGCACCGGCUCAUCUGUGCAUUCGUUUGAACUACGCCGUUGACGGCGUAGAUGGCUAUUUCCAUAUGUUCCGUUCGCCAAAUAUACGAUUCUUCAAUAACGUUGCUGUAGUUAUUAAGAAAACGGAAGAAAUUACCGAAUCGCUUACGGCGAUUGUUGACCUGUUUCGUAUUGCACUGGAAAAUCAAGGACGGGGUAAUGUCCCCUUUCAAUGCGGGGGAAGUUUGCAGCGGAGAAAAAGCCGGACACUCCUAUCGGUUCCUCAGGGCAUCCCGCGGAAUCUUUCCGAAUCUCAGUUGGUUCAAAUGGGCUCGAAAGCCUUGAGCAACGUGGCGGGUCAGUUCUCCAAAAUAGGUCAAAGCUUGAAUCCUACGAAAAUUGGUCGAUCAUCUGCCGGGAAGAAGCCGAAAUCAGCCAAUCCUGUUCCGUACAUACAUACUGCACAAAUAGCCGAUGAAGCCGAGCGUAGCAAGUUCACGGUGGGAUCGCGAAGCUCUAGCCUGAAGAAAUCCGAGGGUUCGAGCUCGGAAUCAGAUGAAGCGGAUACAAGUAUCUAUGAACCGGACGAUGGAGAACUAGUGCAGGAAAAUCCGCUGUACAACGAAAAUGUGUUUCUGCCCUCGGUGGGAAUCGUUAUGGGUGGUCCGGGGUCUGGAGGUGGUGAGGAGAAUGCUGCUGCCAUGCUGAUCGAUAAGGACAGCUUCGCGAAAAUGUCAUCCGAUGUGUCGACUAUGUCGAUAUCGUCCGUUACCGAUCAUAUAAAUAUGCCUGCCGGAAUGCUCGAAUGUGCUUCACCGAUACGGGGCCGUAGCCCUACACCGGAGAUCAGAGUCGAUGGAGGGGCAACGGAGGCAGGGGAAAGAGCCAACUUCGAGGGAAGACCUGGAAAGGACCUGAGUUUAAAUUUGACCGGCAAUCAAAGUGAGAAUGCAUUCAAACAGCUGAAGAAACUGACAAGUCCGCUGUCGAAUAUUGGAAAGGGAUUGCAGAGUUUGAGUGCAAACUUUGAUCCAAGAAAAAUUUCCGUUAAGACACCAGUCCUACCGGCUCGCAAUCUGGAAACCCAAACGGCCGAAAUACGAAAGCUGGAGGAAAAGUGGGACAAAGCCCAAUGCCGAAGCAAGCUGAUAGCUUUGUAAAAGCAGAUACAGAGCAGAGGACUUCGCCGUUUACCCUUGCUGAUCACUGUUUAGGAAGUUCUUUUGUUGAGCGUUAGUGUUCAGAAUUAGUUGGUUUUUCUAGCGAUUGCUUAGUUAGUAUGAAACAGGGAGACUUCGGUUUCAGUUACUAGAUCUGAUUGAAAAUUUUGGAUUAUUGUGUUUUGAAGAAUAUUGCACUGUUCUCGUUUCCAAAUGAGUUAAUGAACAACAACGAUAAUCAUAAGCAAAUGAUUUAUAUCCAAUAAAAUACAACUAACGCAUAAAUAUUUAGACCAAAGAUUUAUACUACUUGUACUGUUAGCUGAAAUUUGUAUCCUAUACUACGAACGAAAUUGGACCAUUCCUGUUAGUAUUUCCCAGAAUGCCAUAUGCUUCAGUUUGUCCAUCUGGUAUAGUACUAAGUCGCCAGGGAUGCUCGCUUAAAUGCAAGCUAACAGCCCCUUAUCCAACGAAUGUUUCAAUCUAUGUGGCAAAUAAUGUUUAGGAAGCUUGUUGCUUGUUGUUUUAGUUCAUUUAGUUGUUCCACAUAAAUCUCCCUAUAAACUACAUAUAACCUGAGAGUUAUAUCAAAAUACCAGAUUGUAUGUGUAAUGAUAUUUAUUCCAAUCGCCUGUUUUACAUAAAGUUUUUUUUACUUAUUAGAUUGCAUUAGGCAAUAUUUGAGGAUCAUCAAAAUGGUUGAGCGUUCUUUUUUGAUGCAUAGCAACGUUUUUAUGCAUACGUCAAGUGUAAUCGUUAUUGGAACUGAAUGUACGCUACGCAUCUCGUAUUAGAAGUCAAGGACGUUUUCGAUCAUUUAGUACAGGCCUGCCCAAUAUUUUCAAGCCACGGGUUAGCUUUCAGAAUUAACACAGCUGGCGGACCCGAAAUUAUUCGAAUGAUUUUUUUUUUACAUAUUUUCAAAAUAAACAAUUUUUCUUUUCCAUUUUUCCAGAAUGACCAAGAAUUUGUUAGGGAAAAACUGAACACGAUUGAAAUAAUCAUUUUUUUCAUUUUCGUUUUCUGUUUACGAAACAGGUUUUUUGGUUGAUAAUUUAAUGAGAAACUAAGAAUUGUUGACUACACUCCAAUACUCGACACAUAUUGAUUUCGCAAUCCUUGACCGAAAUUCGCAAGCAGGAUUUAAAUUUUUCAUCCUGGACUUCAAUUUCACAUCCUGGACAACUGUGCACGUGCAGGCAAUGUAUCACCCAGGUAACCAUUAGCACUAUAUUUCGACUUUUCGGCUAUAUAGGGAUAUUAUAGAGCCAGUAUAAAUAUUGUAAGCUCUGUGAUAGCGUCAUAUUAGCAUGUACGGCUUAUUUUAAUGCUUACGAUUACCUGGGCAGAGUUUAUUAUCCAGCACAAUUUAGUGUCUGUAACAAACCACAAUGCAGUAGAACCUAUGCGAGCAUCCGCUUCUGCCAGAAGUGAGAAUCAUUCGUAAUCUCUCACUGUAUAACUCCACGAUUCAUUUAUUCACAUAUUCUUUGAAUAGUGGACUAUCCAAAGAAUAUGUGAAUCAGAAAGGUGACGAAAUUGGUUUGGUAGGUGUGCACUUUGCAGUCAGCAACUGAUGAUAGUAUUGAACACUGAUGAUCCUACAUUUAUGUGUCUUGGGUUCAUCAAAAUGAAGCAAUCUUCAGCUUCUGAACUGAAUAAAUUAUUAUCAACGUAUUCUGAGGCUUCGGCAAAUAUUGGAUGUAUUAACACCGGGGAACCUCUGAAUCGAAUAAGUUGCUGAAAUUUCUCGAUCGCAGAUAAUUUUCCAAAGUAGCUUGAUCAGUAGUACUUCACGAUUUUUUUUUCGCUGGACCAUUAAUAUUAGUUAUACAUUAGGUUAAUCCACAACUUAAAAUAGCUUCGCUGGAAUGAAGUAUUUACCAAAGUCAAUUAAAGAACGCAUUAUUAUACAAAACUACACAAACAUAACAAUAAUUAACGUAUUAGAGAUCGUGAUAUAUCCAUUUUAAAAAGGCUACCAACAGUAAGUCGCGAGUUAUCAGCUUUUACAUAGGAAAUUUGGCACAAAUAGCAGCAGUAGGAAGUGUUGGGAGUAUAAAUACCAUCAAACCGUUUGUUUUCACGAAUCAGGCCUACAAAGCAUAGCAAAGUGAGUUAGCUGCAGUUUUGACGCUUCCUUGAAAUAUUACUUCAGCUGCAAUAGCAUGUUUAUAGUCGUGUAAGUUGUUGAUAUUAUUCCAAUGUAAACCUGCAUGGAUAUCCCCUUUUUUCGGUAGCACAUGGAACAUCUAGCAAAUAAUAUCGUACGCUGUAGGAAAACCUAUACCGUUGUGUAAUCAUGGGGCAUGCCACACAAUCCAAAAGCAAUAUUCAAAACGUAGCUGCAU